AAGAAGAGCCAAAAAGAAAAGUGGUUGGCCACACUAAAGCCUCCAGAGAGAUAGAAACUAAAGAGAUGUCAUCAACCUCCCAAGCCAUGCUAAACCAAGGCUUGUUUGAGGAGCAAGAGAUGCCUACUCAGAUGGGUUUCUUCGCUUUUCCUCCAAACUUGAGUUGCCCAGCUCCAUUGGGUUGCCACCCAUCUCUCAAAGCCUUCAGUCUAGAAUCAGCUGAUGCACCUUCUGCUGCUAAUCUAACUGAAACCCUACUCUCAUCUGCCACCACUGCAAAGCAUAGAGAUGACCCUGGCUCUGAUUUUGGAGGCCCCCAGCUCCUUUCCUUGCAGAGAUCUAGUGCAAAUUUCUGGGCCUGGGGAGAGGUAAACGAGUGUUUGGGAAGUAAGAAAAUUGGUGUAGAUGAUCAUCUAGGCGUUUCAGCAAUGAAGAUGAAAAGGAUAAAAGCAAGGAGAAAGGUGAGGGAACCUAGGUUUUGCUUCAAGACCAUGAGCGAUGUGGAUGUGUUGGAUGAUGGAUACAAGUGGAGAAAGUACGGCCAGAAAGUGGUAAAGAACACCCAGCAUCCCAGGAGCUACUAUCGAUGUACGCAAGAUAAUUGCCGGGUAAAGAAACGAGUGGAGAGAUUAGCUGAGGAUCCGAGGAUGGUAAUAACAACAUACGAAGGGAGACACGUACAUUCCCCGUCACACGACCUGGAAGACUCGCAAGCGUCAUCUCAGCUGAACAAUUUCUUCUGGUAGCUAGCAGCAUACCUACUUAACCAAAUCAUAUAUAUAAUUUAUGUGCUUAAUUCUCCAAUCUGGUUUGUGUAAUGAACUUUGUUGUCUUUGAUAGUUUUUGGGUACUUAGAUAAAAAACAUUCAAAAUAAAACUUGAAAGGGGUGAUGUUUGUACAUGGUCGCAAUUCUCAAUUAGGCCCCUCCCCCCCUUAUGCUCUUAUAAAUAUGUCUACUAUGAUGAACAAUACCCUUCUUCUUCUUCUUUUUUUUUCCUCCCUCUUUGUAAAUUUUGUAGAAUAUAUAGAGUAGUAUGUCUUGUCUAAGUUCCCCAAUGUUUUGAAUUAUUAGGUCUAUAUAUUAAUAAAAU